CCAACCGCUUCCGUGUCUGCCCUUAUCGUUUGGGCCCUUACGACGCUUUCGGUAAUGGAACUCAAGCCCCGACCCGGUUCACCAGCAACGGUUACCAGUGGUGUCAUAGUGCAGAGUUCGCUAACGGCCGGCUCACUCCCGGACGUCGCAACUGAAAGCGCGGGCAACAGUAGUUUAAUAGCCGGUGCCGGCAGUAGUACAUCGCCCUUAGCUAGUACCGUAGGUCCGGUGGGAACACCGUCCGAUCGCUCCAAGGCGGAACCGUACGGUCCCUCGUCCAAUUCGUGCACGGGUACGGUGGCGAAAGUUGCAACCCAAACGUCGUCCGUCCACGGCAAGCGAUCACCGUCCAUCCAAGCAACACCCGUCAAGGGUUCGAACGUGUCUGGUGGAAGCACGGCGACCGGAUCCACGUCCUGCAUACCGAGCCCCAUCUUAAGCCCACCGGGUAAAAUCUUCGGACGCAACAACAACGGAAUCAUGGUUGUCACAUCGACCCCAUCGAACGAAGCCGAACUUCAGCUGUAUCGAGUGCUUCAGCGAGCAAGUUUGCUGAAUUAUUAUGAUACCUUGCUAGAAAUGGGAGGUGACGACGUUCAACAGUUGUGUGAUGCAGGCGAGGAAGAAUUUCUGGAAAUAAUGGCCCUGGUUGGGAUGGCUUCCAAGCCGCUGCACGUUCGGCGUCUCCAGAAGGCUCUCCACGAAUGGAUGACCAAUCCGUCCGCCUUUCAAAGUCCGCUCACGAACGUGGACAUCCCAUCGCGGAUCCCGUACAGUCCCGAGCCGGGCUCGAUAGCGCGAAGCGUUACGACGGCCAGCACUGGACCGUACGGUGGUCCAUCGACUGUUGCCGGAAGCUUUUCCAACCUUACGGCCAAUGCCUCCUCCAGUACAAACCUUCUACUUACUCCACCCACCCCCGUACCGAUAGCUCCCGCUUCCUCUUCCUCGACACCAGUGGCCGCUGCAGCCGUCGCAGCCGCUUCCGGUGCGUCCUCCACUCUAGCCCAUCUAGGUACGGGCGUAAGUUCGCUCGGCCAUCAUCAUCAUCUAAUGCAUCACCACCAUCACCAUCAUCCGCUGAGUAGCAGCAACCUUAGCAGCACGAUCGGCAACCAGAUCGGAUCGACCACCAGUGGGUCGGUACAGCUGACACCAUCGCUUACCGAAGAUCAGGUGGCGAAAAUUGUGCAGGCAGCCGAACGUCUGUCUCGCACACUACCACGGCUCGAACCUCGGCAGCAAAGCAUAAAGAAACGUUCAGCACGCGACCUGGAAGCGGUAAUCGCGAUGAGCGAAAGUGAUCCCAGGCGGAUGGAAGAGAUCCGGAAGUACUCGGCCAUCUACGGAAGGUUUGAUUGUAAGCGCCGGCCGGAAAAACCACUCACACUGCACGAGGUGUGCGUCAAUGAGGCAGCAGCCCAAAUCUGCAAGUACAUCCCCGCCCUGCUGACAAGGCGUGACGAGCUGUUCCCACUAGCCCGGCAGGUGGUUCGUGACUGUGGGUUCGGCCAUUCCGCUAGUAUACGAUUGACAGGUUUGAGUCAAACUCAACAGAAUCGUGGAGAUGAGCUGGAUACGGUGCAACAGCUGAAGCGAGCACGCCUCUCAAGCGACACCAGCUCCGAUAUGGGCAAGGAAAACUCCGAUGACAAUCGCGACAUUUCGAGCGGCUCCAUUUACCAGCAGAUCAGUGACAAACCCUUCGAUUUAACUGAUUCAAGUAAAUUUUCAUACACUAGAUCCGAAUUUGAUGACACAGAUUCUCGAUUUAGUUUUAGCAAUUCAAGUUCGUCACCAGUUCAAACUGGAAAUGGAGCCGACCGAGAUUUGAGCGAUCCUGACUUCGGUGACCCACGCUCACACACACCCCGUGCCCUGGAUCCCAUCGGUGGUCCGUUGGGCGUACAAGUCAUCUCCUCCUCCGGUGGUCACAUCAUCGCAGUGGCCAAUCCUGCCCUAGCACUCAGCCCAGCGCUCAGCGAAGCGAUCUCCAUCAAGCGGGAAACCAUCUCGCCGGAUCUCUGAACCACGACGAUC